AUGGGGGUUUUCACCGCAGCAGAGGAGCAGAACUGACGGAGAGAAAUCCGCUCGAAAUGGCUAAAAACCAGGAAGUGGAGCGCAUCGCCAAAAAGCUGGAUAAAAUGGUGCACAAGAAGAACACGGAUGGAGCUCUGGACCUGCUGAGGGAACUAAAGAACAUCAAGAUGUCUCUGGAGACGCUGCAGUCGACCAGAGUCGGGAUGUCGGUGAACGCGGUGAGGAAACAGAGCUCGGAUGAAGAAGUUCAAACUCUGGCCAAAGCUCUCAUCAAGUCCUGGAAGAAGCUGCUGGACGGUUCGUCAGAGAAGAAGAAGGAAGACUCUCCCGUUAGGUCGUCGUCCACCUCCAAGGACUCUCGCACCAGCGAGAAAAGUAAGGAGUCGGGGGAAUCGCCCACCACUCCCACCCUCCCCCCUCGGGUCACCUCCUUCCCCCCCGCCCCCGUCACCACCGACAGCGUGAGGAACAAGUGUCGAGAGCUGCUGGUGGCGGCGCUGCAGACUGAUGAUGAACACCGGACCAUCGGAGUUGACUGCGAAGGCCUCGCGGCGCAGAUCGAACAGGAGAUAUUCCAGGAGUUCAAGUCGACGGACGUGAAAUAUAAAACUCGUCUACGGAGCCGCAUCUCCAACCUCAAGGACCAGAAGAAUCCGGACCUGCGCCGUAACGUCCUGUGUGGAAACAUCUCGCCUCGACGCAUCGCCAGUAUGACCGCCGAGGAGAUGGCGAGCGCAGAGCUGAAGCAGAUCAGAGAGGCUCUGACGAAAGAGUCCAUCAGAGAGCAUCAGCUGUCCAAGGUCGGAGGGACCGAGACGGACAUGUUCAUCUGCAACAAGUGUCACGGGAAGAGCUGCAUGUACACGCAAGUGCAGACCCGCAGUGCUGACGAGCCCAUGACCACCUUCGUGUUGUGUAACAGCUGCGGCAACCGAUGGAAGUUCUGUUGAAGAGGACGUGUGUACAUUUUCUCCCAAAGCAAACAAGUGAAUGUGGAAAAAAAAGACUUAUUUUUCUUCUUGAUUUUGUAUGAAUUCUUUAUCGAUAUCUAACUGAAAGCUGUGAUAUAUUUCGAGGGAAAGGUGCCAGUUCAUGUUGUCUAUUGGUUGAAUGUGUUUUGUAUGGAGCACUUGGUUUAUUUCUUGCGCUGGAUGAGAAUCACAUUCAGUCUUUGUGCCUUUCUUUGCUGCUGUGGUGCCACAUAUGUUUCCCUUAACAUCCAGAUUAA